CCGACGGCCACACAUGGCCUCUUCUACCUCCAACUCACUGCAGCAAAAGCACCACCUCCUCUCCAUCAACCUCUGUAAGUACCCAUCGGCUCUCAAUUCUUUUAAAUUCCAUUGUCCAUCUCAUUUUCUCACUUUCUCGCCUCCCAAACAAACACUUGAACUUAAACACACACUUCAACUUUAUCCACUUCCAGUAGUUAGAGAAGAUAUUAGCCACAUAGUUGCAAAGUUAUCCACCACGUACCGUGAACCAUAUAUAAAAACCAAGAGUCCAGGGACUGGUACUGAGUUUUCUUCCUUAAAGUCCACAGAAGAAAGGGUUGGCAAAAAAUCUGUAAAGAACCAUGUUGGUUCAGUGGAGGAGAAAAAGGCUGAAGAUAGGUUCAGUAAAGACAGAAAUACGAGGAAAAAUCCUGGCUUUAGAAAAAGGAGGGACGACAAUGAGCAUUCUUCUAGGAGGCUCAAAGAUGAGAAUAAAGUAAACUCUUCAGGAAAACGAAAUGAUAAACAGGCAGGUGAAGAGCAAAGGGGGAAAGGGUCUAAGAAAUAUGACGUUGAUGCGCCAGAAGUUAAGAUGAGAGUUGGAUUGGAUAUGUGCUCAAAGAAAGGGGAUGUCAUGGGGGCAAUUAAAUUCUAUGAUUUGGCUCAAAGAGAAGAAAUUAAGUUGGAGCAGUACCACUAUACCGUACUGUUGUAUCUCUGUUCUUCUGCAGCUGUUGGUGUUGUUCGUCCCGCUAAGAGUGGGUCUGGUAGUCGAACUUUGGAUACCUUGGAUUCGUCUGCCAGCGAAGAAACCAGGGUGAAUUCCAUGGAAUUGGGUAGUGGGAAUUGGGAUGGUAGGGGGUUGAAUACAUCAACUUUGGACAAUGAGCAACUGGUUGAUACCAGUGGAAGUAAUGGGGAAAAAAUGGGGUUUGAUGAUCUGGAUGGUACUUCAGAUGAAAAGGAGAACUUGGCAUGGUUUUCUAAUGGGUUUGUGAAGCGAAAUUCCCGCCUCUUAGAUGGACUGAACUACCCAACAAAGGGUGGAGAUGAUUCUUCAAAUCUAAAAGAUGGAAGCAUUAAGCAAGAAGAUAAUGGAAUUCGUGUCAGUGAAGAAGUGAAGAAGUAUGCCCUCCAAAGGGGAUUUGAGAUCUAUGAGAAGAUGUGUUUGGAUAAUGUCCCAAUGAAUGAGGCAGCAUUGACAUCUGUGGCUAGAAUGGCAAUGUCAAUGGGUGAUGGAGACAUGGCAUUUGAUAUGGUGAAGCAAAUGAAGUCAUUGGGAAUAAAUCCUAGACUGCGUUCCUAUGGUCCUGCAUUAUCUGCUUUUUGCCAUAGUGGAGAUAUUGAUAAAGCAUUUGCUGUUGAGAAACACAUGUUGGAGCAUGGUGUCUAUCCAGAAGAGCCUGAACUAGAGGCCCUCUUACGAGUGAGCGUGGGAGUCGGUAAAGGUGACAAGGUGUAUUAUAUGCUGCACAAACUAAGAACAAGUGUAAGGAGGGUCUCACCGUCUACUGCCGAUUUAAUUAUGAACUGGUUUCAUAGCAAAGAAGCUGCAAGAGUGGGAAAAAUAAAAUGGGAUCCAAGAUUGAUAAGGGAGGCAAUUGAGAAUGGAGGUGGAGGCUGGCAUGGGCAGGGCUGGUUGGGAAAAGGAAAAUGGUCUGUGUUGCGUACAACUAUUGGAGCUGAUGGCUUGUGCAAAUGCUGUGGGGAAAAAUUGGCCACAAUUGACCUUGAUCCUGUAGAAACAGAAAACUUUGCUGAAUCCGUUGCAUCUAUAGCUAUAAAGAGAGAGAAAAAUUCAAGCUUUCAGAAAUUCCAAAAAUGGCUAGAUUAUUAUGGACCUUUUGAAGCAGUGGUGGAUGGAGCUAAUGUAGGCCUUUUCAGCCAGAAGAAAUUCAUCCCAUCCAAGGUCAAUGCUGUUGUUAAUGGAAUACGCCAGAAGCUUCCUUCAAAGAGAUGGCCACUCAUUGUUCUUCAUAACAGGCGUAUCAGUGGAGGAAAAAUGGAUGAACGGGUUAAUAGGGCAUUGAUUGAGAAGUGGCAAAAUGCUGAUGCUCUCUAUGCAACACCUACGGGUUCAAAUGAUGAUUGGUACUGGUUGUAUGCAGCUAUAAAGUUCAAGUGUUUAUUGGUGACAAAUGACGAGAUGAGAGACCAUAUAUUUCAACUUCUUGGAAAUGAUUUCUUCCCCAGAUGGAAAGAAAGGCAUCAAGUGCAUUUCAGUUUUUCUGAUGCUGGUCCAGUGUUUCACAUGCCUCCUCCAUGUUCUGUUGUAAUUCAGGAAUCAGAGGAAGGGCACUGGCAUAUUCCAGUUGUAUCAGAACAUGAUUGUGAGGCAGAAAGAACAUGGUUAUGCAUUAUGCGAAGUAAAUCACGUCUGGAAAGGAACGAUUCUGCAACCAGACCUGAAGAUGCACAGCCUCUUCGUCGUGACAACGGGAAUGCAAGGUCAGCUACUCGAACCGGUGUUGAGUCACAACCAUUGAAGAAUGGCAAACAGAAAUAUACUAAACACCAGCCUCAUGAAUUUUUUGAGAAUAUCAAAGAUAUUCUGUCAGGGUCCAUGAUCUCAGAUUGUCACUCAAUUGUUCCAGAUAUUGCAACUGCAGAGAAGAUUGGUGGAUGUGUCAUUGAUUUUCAAAUAUAAAGUUUAUGCUAAUCUAGUUCAGGAUCUUCAUUGAGACAGUAGGGUAAUGGCUAAUGAGCUCCCAACUGAAGGGUUUUUUGUCUGUAUAGUUGGCAGCUGAGUUUCUAGUUGGAGAAGAAUGCAGAUUUCCAUUGCAGGAAACAGUUUUUGCAAUAAAAUUAGUAGCCUAGAGCUUUUCUUCUU